GGCAGGCCAAGAGAGGCUGCUGGGAGGAGUGAGAAGGAGCAGGCGAGAAGAAAUAAGGGACACACACACAUGCGCGCGCGCACACACACACACACAGAGGCGAGGAGAGGAAGACCCGUGCAGCGCACAUUUAUUUUUAGACACCAGGAAUUGGGCUUUGUGUUCUUCAACCCUUUUCAUUAACCACUCCCUGAUUGGAGUUUCUAUUGUGUUGUUGUUUUUUUAAAACUAUCACUUACAGUCAGGAUUGUGCUUUCUCGUUCUCGGGGGUAGCCGUUCCGCUGCGAGUUGCACGGUCCGGUUUGGAUUGCUGUGGUGAUCGUCCGGGCACACUGUUCUCAGGCACCUCGGAGAGCAUCCGUCAGCGCACCAGCGAGGAUAUCUGCCGGCGUGUGACAGCGGGGCUCGAGUGAAGCUCGGCUGGGGACGGACCGUGGGCGAGCGACUGAAGGAGAGAGCGAGAGAGAGAGAGAGGGAGAGAGAAACUGAAGCCGGGGAGCGGGGAAACGAGAGAGAGCGACAGCCGGCUUUUUGGAGAAGUGAUCGCUGCGAUUUGCCCUCCCCUCCUCCUCCUCCUCUUUCUUUCCCUGCCUCUCCCUCCUCUCCUCCAUCCUCUCCGGUUCCGGGGAAUUCACGUGUGCUGCCUCCUCUUCCUCAACGCCACCACCGCCAUCCUCAUCUUCGCCCGCUCCUCUCAGAGCUUCCAGAGAGAGGAGGAGGAGGUUUGUCAGGAGUACCGGGAAGUGAUCGGAGGUCGCGGGACUGCCAAACUCCAGGAGACGCCGUUAUCCGUUAUCUGGGGACUCCCGCGGGGGCCUGCUUCCUCUUUGUCUCUCUCCGUCUCCGAGACGGAUCCCGCCCUCUCCUGAGAACCUGGGAGAGUCCACAGCACAGACGACCUGCCAGCGAGUUUCCUACCACAGCUAUACCGAUUCCAGCUACAUGGGAAAACGAUUGGAACAGCAACCAAUGUACCCCCAGUACACCUACUACUACCCUCAUUAUCUCCAGACCAAGCAGUCAUAUGCUCCACCCGCUCAUCCCAUGGCUCCCCCCAGCCCCAGCUCAAACAGCUGCAGCCACAGUGGAGCAGAGCAGCUCAGUAAAACCAACCUGUACAUCCGGGGCCUGCCGCCCGGGACCACCGACCAGGACCUCAUCAAGCUCUGCCAGCCAUAUGGAAAAAUAGUGUCAACAAAGGCAAUUCUGGACAAAAACACCAACCAGUGUAAAGGUUAUGGCUUUGUGGAUUUCGACAGCCCGGCUGCGGCACAGAAAGCCGUGUCCUCACUCAAGGCCAGCGGGGUGCAGGCGCAGAUGGCGAAGCAACAGGAGCAGGACCCCACAAACCUGUACAUCUCCAACCUGCCGGUGUCCAUGGACGAGCAGGAGCUGGAGGCCAUGCUGAAGCCCUUCGGCCAUGUCAUCUCCACGAGGAUACUGAGGGACGCCAACGGAGUCAGCCGAGGGGUGGGCUUCGCCAGAAUGGAGUCCACUGAAAAGUGUGAGGUGGUGAUACAGCACUUCAACGGGAAGUACCUGAAAACUCCUCCGGGCAUUCCAGCUCCCACUGAGCCGCUGCUGUGCAAAUUUGCCGAUGGAGGGCAGAAGAAGAGACAGAGCCAGAGCAAAUACCCGCAGAACGGACGGCCGUGGCACAGAGAAGGCGAGACCGGUAUGGCAUUAACAUUUGAUCCUGCCAUGCAAAACGGGUUCUACUCCUCGCCUUACAGCAUCGCCACAAACCGUAUGAUUGCACAGACGUCCAUCACCCCCUUCAUCGCUGCUUCCCCUGUCUCCACAUAUCAGGUUCAGAGCACUUCGUGGAUGCCUCACCAACAGUAUGUUAUGCAACCAACAGGUGCUGUGAUCACGCCAACCAUGGACCACACUAUGUCCAUCCAGCCAGCAGGCAUGAUGGGGCCUCUUACCCAACAGAUGAACCACCUGUCCCUGGGUUCAACAGGAAGUUACAUGACCGCUGCGGCUGCAGCUGCGCCUAUGCAAGGGACCUACAUUCCCCAGUACGCCCCUGUGCCUCCCACCGCCGUCCCCGUGGAGGGAGUGGUCACUGAUGCCUCGCCCCAGACAGUUGCUGCCGUAUCACAGGAGACCAGCGGUCAGCAGCAACACAUACAGGUUGAGGCCCCCAACGACCAUGUUCCUGCCUACUCGUACCAGUCCAAAUAACGACGGGUCGAGAGAAUGUUCCAGCAACAGUGUUGCCUUGAGACAGGGGGAGUGCACUGAGACUGUUUCCAGAUCACCCAGGCACAAAAAGAGAUCACUUUCUUUUUUUCCACCUGGCUCAGAUGAAGAGGGGGGGGUGGGGUUGCAGUGAGAGGGGUUUCAUCUGGUAGCCGUUGGGAGACUUGGGUUGGACUGGCAUUGAACUGUUUCUCCAAGGAAUUUCUCAAACAAACAAAAAAAAAGUACAAAGAAAAAAAAACAUUUGAUGGUCCGUUGGGUGGUGAGAUGUUUUUGUUUAAUUAAAAGGAAGUGUGAGAAACAGGUUAUCUUCCUCAGAUAUUAAGCUAUUCUAUCUUUUCAUUUUUGUAUUAAUUGUGUCAAAGUUAAUUUUUCUUGACAACUUCAGCAAGGUUUUUUUCUUGAAUCUUUAUGCCUUAAUUUUAAGGAUGUUGGGGACUAUUCCAAGUGAUAUGUCCAGCGUCAUGUUUAGGAAAAAAUGAAUGGAUGAAUAUGUCCUUUGGACCAACUGAAUGGUACAAAAUACUACCCGAGAUGAGCUACAGAGAGAAAAUGUAUUACUUAAACUGUACAGAUUUAAUAGAGUAUUCCUUUGUCAGAAGAACACUUAGUGAAUAAUUAUCAGUCAGUUGCAAUGAAAUGUCUUGCAAGAGACAAAAAGUUCAUUCUAGAAGAGAGCAGGAAAAUAGGAAAGUUGAUUUUUUUUUCACUACAAGGAAAAAACUACUGCAUUGUAGUAAAUGCAGUUUGUUGCAAAAUGCUGAUCUUGUUUUUUUACUUUCAUGGCAAAAUUGCUAUUGAUGGCAUUAGUGCUUUUUAUCUGCGACCUUUGACCUUUUUAUAAGCUUCAUGAUGUUUUUAGCCUGCUUUGCUUGUCAAAUUGCAAACAAAAAAAAGUGAUAAACUGGCAAUGAUAAACAACAUAGAUACAGUAGGAGCUUACGGUUUGAACCAAUCAGCGCAAAAGCAAUAGAAGAAAUUGUUGACAAUUUCUGUAGUCUUUCCUAGUUGUGGAUCUAAUGCAGCCAACCGAUGGCCGUUUUUAUACCAAAGAUGAAGAGAAACUCUGAAGCAGAGUUUUUUAUGUUUGAUCUUGUCGUUGUUAUUGUUGUUGUUGCUGAUCUUGUUCUUGUUGUUGUUGAUGUUGUUGUUGCUGAUGAUGUGGUUGUUUUUAUUUUUGACCUAAAUGGCCGGACCAGUACUUCCUGUUGUUUCUCGGUUUAAGCUACCUUCCACGACGUUGUGUCAGUCACACUGAUGCGCAGAAGCCAAUCGAUCGGAAUCCACGAGGCGCUCAGAGAUGGGCCAGCCGACCAUCGCUCCGAGUCACGUGAGAGACCAUCUGUCCAUUUCACACACCUCGUGUUCCAUACCGCUUACAGGGAAACAAGACCUGGGAGAAAACACCAGGAAACACUGGGGGAAAGGGGAGGGAAUUGCUGUUGAUGUGUUUCUCUUUGGCCUCGCUUGGUUGAGUGAUUUCUAUCCUGCGCUUGUCUCUCUAAGAGAUAGCUGUGAACGAUGGUGCUCUUAAGUCUCAAGGCUGGGUUGGGAAUCUUCCUGUGCUUUUGUUUUGAUUUUGUCAUUAAUCAAAAAGACAUGUUAGGCCAGAAAAAAGGAAAACUGUUCACCUUACACCUCCGUGUAUUUAAACUGUAUAUCCAGCUACCUCAGUCUUUGGUCAUUCCGUCAUUUGAAGCGAAAAAAAAAAUUAAGAGGCUGAAUUAACAUACAUUAUCCACAUAUUACUUAUUUUGUCCUGGACCUCACAGUCUGCUAGGAGUUAGUAUUGAAAGGCAGAACCUUUGGAGGACUGGAUAUCACUUUUGAUCCAGGUUUCUUCCAUUUAGAAAUUUCAACACAUUGUGCUCAUCUUUAAAAAAUCCUGCCAAAUUUCAUCGUGAAGUGACCAGUCUUAAAAGACUUUGUACAGGGAGCUUUGGAGCCUGACCAACAGAAAAAAAGCACGGUAUAGCUGUCAGGCUCUGUUCUGAGUUUCGCCCACAGGUGGAAGCUGUAUAAAAGCACAGCCAACAGCAUAACAAACUAUCCACCAGCCCUUUCCCCCCACUCUCCAAUAAUGUUAAAUUUCACAUAACUCUAGUCCAGAAGAUUGUCCGAACGGAGAAGGUCUGUGGAGCGGAGAGCUGGUGUGCCUCAUUAAUGGCUCUGCGUCUGGGGCAGCGUGUCGUUCUGGUCUCCAUGGCACCGGGCACAGACGUGUCGUUUCGCCGAGCUCCAGAGCACGGCUGAUGGGGCCGCUUUAUUGCAGCAGUUUUCAAGGCCGCACAGGCGGAACCAAAACUAAAUUUAGUCAUGAGCUCAAUGGGCCUGGAAGUCACAAUUUGUUUCCCUGGCGACUUUAAGAUGCAUGCCUGCCUGCUUCCCCGGCUCUUCCCAUUGGCCAGAAAGAGAGCCUUUUGUGUUUGAACAAUCCUUGUGACUGCUAGGUGGGAGCACAAGCAGUAAGCAAUGUGUUUUGAGGCUUUGGGGAUAGAAUGAUAGUCACACAUAAAUGUGACGGGUCCAUAUAUGACAUUGAUAGUGCAGCACGCAUUUAGAAAACUUUUAAACAAUGAAAUUGUUUAAUUGAGUGCCUUGUUCUUAAUCUUCCAAUGAUUCCUGUUACCAUAAAAUAGAAAAGCACAUCAAAGAGUAAUCUUCAUAGGCAAAUCCUCUUUUUUGUCCUUCGAUUCUCCAAAUUUACAAUAGUUUCUGUGGUGCUGAGAGAGGAAAGCCCUAGAUGUGCUAAUUCAGCGAAGUGAAGGCCUGCUGACAGUGAACCCCAUUGGGCAUUCAAUGGUCGAGUGAUAACACCAUUCAUCAUCACUGGCCUCUUCCAUUUCAGUGUCAAGACCCAACUCGAAGGCCAGUGAAUCUUGUUGAGUUAUUAUGCUAUAAGUCACAUUACAAUAAUAGCAUAUCAUUCACAAAACCUAAUCUAGGCAAUAACACCUAAAGAACGUAGGAUCCAUAUUUUGGAAAUGUUUGGAAAAUGCGCAAUACAAUUAAGUUAGAUUUUAUUUGAAGAAAGCAUUAAAAUAUACAUUUUAAAGGUCACAUUCAUUAUUCAAGCUUAGCUGAAGAGAGACUGAAAUUUAUAUGUAUGGAAAUGCCGGAACAUUCCUGAAAGGAACACAGAUGUAUUCCACCUAUUGGAAGAGGCACUGUCAAUGCUAAAAUUUACUGGAUCAUGCUUAGUUCUCAUUGCCAACCUUAACCAAGGGCCAAUAAAAUUGGGCUAACCUGUCAAAAAGAAACCACCAUAGAUAUUUCAUUGUAAUGAUGUUUGGAUUAUAUCCUCAACAGCUUAAAUACACAAGGGGGAAUAACAUUUUUGUAAGGACAGUUUAAGUUUCCUAAUAUCAUUUUGUUUUCCAUUGUAUUUUCAUAAUUUUUUGUAAUGGCUCACAAAUUGAGUUUUAUGCAGUUGGGCACAUUAGUUACUGGAAGAAAAUUGGUCGCACCAGCCUGAGUACUCGUGGGUUUUACUCCGAGUACAUCUGCGAGUUGUUUCAUUGUCGUCUCUCAAAAAGGACAAAACAGACCCCAUAAUCAGACACAAGCAGAGACAGACAGACGCAGAGAAUUCUGUCUCAAGUACGCCAGCAUGCCAGAGGGGAAGUGUUUUUACUGUGGAGUUUUUACUGGGGACAAAAGUUUGAAUUUAGUUUCACAUAACACCAGUCUCUGAGGAAGGCUGAGGAAAAAAACAUUAUUGGAAGUGGAAGAGCUACAGGAGUCCACAGGACCGACAGUCUCUCUUAAAAUGUAAUUUGUGGAGAGACAUUCCAAUGGGCGCACACUAUUAUUAACCCAAAAUGCAUUGUCUGCUCUCAUUGAAAUAGGUCCCAGAGCCUUUUCACAUACCCACAGAAUUCGAAUGCUUCUCUGUUUUGUACUCACAACGUGGAUACUAAUCCAUUAGAGGAAAGCAGUUGUGUGGAAUUGAGAAGCAUUCUCCCCAGGAAAACGGGUAAUUGCCAGACAUUUUUCUAACGCUCUGCUUUAUUUUUCAUGUCGUUUAACAAUUAAUGGAAGUGGUGUGGGGUCAUUUGUGAUUGGGCAUUUUAUUCUACGGUUACCGACACUGAGAAUGAUGGUGCCUAUCAGUAUUGUCCGGGCCCAGACAAGGGUAGCAGAACUUUUUAGGCUGGAUUUUGGCUGGGAUUCCUCUGCCAUUUGGAGUCUUUGGUCCCAUUUUUCAACAAAAAAAAUUGGGAAGUAUAUUACCACAUGGAAAUUGUGUCGUGCACCAUGUCCCUUUGGCAGUAAACAGAUAGCGUUUAACUAGUGUGAAAGUAAACACACCAAAGUGCUGCAUCAGAGGGCUAGAAUUCAAGGUGAAAUGUGAAAGGGCUCUGUUUCUGAGUUCCCAUGAUUCCAACAAGGCCUUAUGAAAUAUUGAUUUCUGCAUCUCAGAGGACAUGCAUUUUAGUAGGACACACAGCAGGAGGGAUCUUCUGUAACCAGCUGACAUUGAAGAUGUAUCGCUCUGAAUUGAACAGAUUAUUGUAUUACCAUAGGAAUUUCUUUCCCGUAUCUCCCCACAGUGGGAACAGGAAAGACUGUAUGGUAAUGGUUUCCGGUAUGGCUGGUGAUGGUUUUUUUGUUUUUUUGGUGGGGGGGGGGGGGGACAUGCUAAAACACAACAGACUGAGACAGAGCUGAACCCCCAGCAUUGCACAGAGUAAGACAGCAAACUUGUUUUCUCUCACUCGUGUUCAAAAGCAUCAUGCUGUGCUGGCCUUUAAAUCAGCUGUACAGGCUAAAUCAAGGUCCUGACCCAUUUUGGUGCUGAGAAUAAAGAGUAGGGGGUUCCCUGCCGUCCUGGCCACAUGCCCAGUAUGGAUCUCUCACCCUGGGCUUCUAAUAACCCCCCUGGGUAAUUGGCUUAAUAAAUCCCUCCUCCGCCCAACUCAACUGAUGUGUCCUGAGUGCAUUGGAGGAAAAUGGCUGCUUUGCAUUAUCCAAGUUGGUGCUGCAUAUUGGUAAUGGUUGGGCUGAGGUCAUAAUAAUAAUAACAAUAACAAUAAUAAUUAUGGUUAUUAUUAUUAUUAUUAUUAUUAUGAUAAAUUAUUAGUAUUAUUAUCCACAAAUUAUUUGGAAUCUUCACAGCAUGAUGCACCAAAAUACAAUCUCCAACCCUGAAUGAACCAACUGCUGCAAAGAAAGCAAGACAGUUGCUCUGCUCUUGACAUUUGCUGAGAAAAGAUUGUUUUGUCUUGUUUUUCCGGCUUUUAUUUUAUUUUUUAGAGAACCGACUCAAUCAUGAGUUAGCUGCUAAAGAGAACUAAGUAAUAGAGAGCCAGAUCUCUGGGGAAGGUGUUGACUGCUGUAUGCUCCCUAGUGCUAACAGAGCUUUCAGUGACCUGUACACAUUCAGAUUACAAUAUUUCCACUGUAUAAAACACACCAUGUUGCACAUCAACAUGACUUUUUGCUUUCAUUAAGAGAUUAUUAUGGGUUAUGUUUUCCAGCAAUAUGAGUUUUGUAUAACUGAUCAAACCUGCACUCCCAAUGGGUAGUGAGAGGACAUGCACUAUUAAAUUGCAGCUUGUCUCAGCCUUAUUUACUAGAGUCAGAGGAACUGGUGCCUACAGUACAGUAUGUGAGAGAGAAAGAAGAAAUCGUACGAAUCUCCAGAUUAAUAAUUACAGAGCCAAAUUAAAUCUCUGCACUCAUCAAAAUGGGUCUAAGAGACGAAAAAAAAUCUGGUUUCAUAAAUAUGCAGUAUAAGACAGCGGCCGCACCCAUUGUCCCAGAACGAAUUGUGGGUGUUGAUGGGAAAAUGGGAAAUUUGUAACUUUGGUGAGCACCCUUAAAAGAGUGAGACCACGUUCAGAUAACCAAUAGAUAAAUAAAGAAAUAAAUCAAGAAAUAAAUCCAUUGAAAAAGUCUGUGUUCCCCUGGUGUGACAGUUUUAUGAAACGCGCCCUAGUGUCUGGAGCCCUAAACAAACCCUGUCUCAUCCAGUCAGAGCACAGUGGCAUCACUGGACCAGUAAAUCGGUCUGCAUUAAAGCACCAGUGACCCUUAUGAAAAUGUCGCGCAGGAUUGCAUAGUAAAUUGCCUGGCGUAAAUCUGAAGUGGCUGUCGACACAUAGCCCACAUACUACUGCCAAGGACUUACCGUCCUCAGCGCUUAAAGUCUGAAAGGAACUGUAAAUGAAACGCACCCUGGGACACACAAGCUCAGCAGCAGUGUGUGUGUGUGUGUGUGUGCAUUCCCUUCUGUGCAUUCUCACUCUUCUGUAAAAUGCACCCUGAAAUUCCUGCGUUACUUAAAGCUAGACAGUCAAUUCAAAACGCACCUCUUUAAAUUCAGCAUUUGGUACUUACACUACUGCAAAUUAAAUUAAACAUAAUAGUUGCAUGUAUCAUUAAGCUACAGAUUGAUUAUAGGAUUUUCACCAUUCAAUUUCAUAUCAGUGUGGCGCGUUCAACCCUUAUAUGUAUGGUAAUGCUUUUUAAUAGGAAAGGUGCCACUGCACAGCAGGUUGAGCACACCUUCAAGCCAGAAUGCAUUACGAAAGCCAUCAUCCAGAAGUGGCAACCCUCCACUACCCAGCAUGCACAGGGGCACAGCACUCUCAUUUGCAGCGUACCCCAUCCCCGCCGCUUCUCCCGUGAGCAGCUGGCUUCCCUCUUACCUCAUUUGAGUGGCCCAUCACGAGAGACUUUGAUUAAUGGAAGGCCCCCGUCGCCAUGAAUGCAGGCGCGCACGUGGGCCCCUCAGCAGCCUGCCGCCGAGUCCGUCCAAACCCUCCCAAGUAAUAAGGCGGCCUUGGCAAGUUUCUGGAAGCUUCUCUUUUUUUUGUCCCUGCUCUGUGUUUAACCCUGAUGGAUUAGCUUAACUGCCUCUCAAGCCUCACAACUGCCUUCAGUGUAAGUCUGACGUGUGGGCGGUCGGCCUGGCUCUCAUCCCUGGGCCCAGCCAUCGCUCCGUUCAGACUGAGCCUGGGUGAAAUACAACAGGUGUUGACCGCAAGGCCUCUUUAGCCUCCACCACCUGCUCCAGAUUUCAAACUCAUCCUUUUUGUUGGAGAAUGCUGCACGCCCUAUACGUUCAAUUUGCAGCAGGGGCAGCGCAAUUUCCCAGAACAGUUGGAAAGGCUGCGGCGGGCAAUUAAAAAAUGUGUGGAACCCACUGUUUUCAAGGCCCUAGUGUUAUGCAGCAUUGCUGCGUACAUUUUUCUCAUAGUUUCAGUCAUUGCUGAAGUACUAUAUCCUGUGGUAUGCAGCUAACAAUGUCAAAGCACAUAGUAGUUACCUAACACAACAUGUUCACAUUGGAGAUAUCAGAGGGUCACCUUGACUCAUACACACUGUAUGUGUCAAAACAUUAAAUUUGACUUAAUUAUACAUCAAGGAAUUAAGCAUUUUUAUAUUAAUCUUAAAUAGCUAUGCAUUCCUUUAAGAACAUUAUGUACAUUGAUUCAAGCUUAAAAACAAUACAAUUUUGAAAAGGUAUCAGUUAUUGACUGUUGCAUAUAUGCACAUUCAUGAAGCAUAUAUAGCAGUAAUAGCUGAUAUAUGUUUCAUUUUAUAUAGGCUAUCAAGACGGUUAUAAGGAACAAAUUUUGGAUUUUGGUUGUUAUUUAUUUAGUCGAGCAUUUCAAAGUAACUCCUGAUACUUCAGUGUAGUCUAAGGGAUCCAUUUCUACAGGCUGAUAUUUACUGAAGCAAUUUAGGUUGGGUAACUUCUUGAAAAAGCUAAAAGGACGUCAACGAGGAUUUAAGCCCUCCGGCUACAUGGCCAGUUCAUUAACUUCACCACCACACUGCUACGUUUGCAGUAUGACAUACGCUGCAUUUUCUCAAAGGUCACUUUAUUCUCCAUUCAGUCUUCACUCUCCCAGGGUUAUGGAAAGGAAUAAAGACAAAGAGUAAUGUGUGCAGAUUAACUUCUGACGGGCAGGGUUGCAAGCUAGGUCCCAGUGACUCACAGUGUGAGGCGUGAAUGACGAAAGAACAUCUGCAUGAUGAUUCAACUUUCUUGGCCCAGCUGGAGUGUAACAUCUGUGCAACUUGGUCAAGCGCCAAAGAGGUGGCGAGUGCAUUCGCUUUUAACAGCUGUAGAGGUAUUGGUUCACCAGGAUAUCGAAAAGCUUAUUUCAUACGCAGCGUUGAAAGUGUAGCAGGCUCUCACACUUUCCCCACCUGCUUCUGGCUCCACAGAUACAAAGCUAUGGGAGGAACGAGAGGGAAGUUUCUCAAAUAUUUUCUACCAAAUUAUUAGAAAACUGCUGAACCUCCAUGAGAUGGUGAGUUAGGGAGAGGAAGAGGAACAGUAUUUAUGAAAAGGGACUUUCUGUAAAGGUGUUAGUGAGAGGACAUGACAGAGUAAUUUUUGAUGCCUUUUUUUGUUUUUGUUUGUAAUUUCCAGUGUGGUCCAGGUCAUGUCAUGUCUCACAUUUAUUUUGUUGUGAUCCUGAGAAUUUCUGUACAUCUGUGGAUGUAGGGUUUAAACUUCCAUUUUGUUUAAGAACUUUUUUCUUUGAUGAAGCUUUCAAUAAAAAAACAUGUCAAAA